GUUACUAGAAAAACUCCCCCAUCCAGCAAAGGGCCAUUCUCCCUUGUAUCAAGGGAUAUGAUGUCAUUGCACAGGCUCAGUCGGGCACAGGCAAGACCGCCACUUUUGCCAUCUCUAUCCUGCAGCAGAUUGACAUAGAGCUAAAAGGUUCUCAGGCCUUGGUUCUGGCACCCACCCGUGAAUUGGCUCAGCAGAUCCAAAAAGUGAUUCUGGCUCUUGGAGACUAUAUGGGUGCGACGUGCCAUGCCUGCAUCGGUGGGACCAAUGUGCGCAAUGAGGUCCAAAAGCUGCAGGCAGAGGCACCGCACAUUGUAGUGGGAACCCCAGGUCGCGUCUACGACAUGCUUAAUCGAAAGUUCCUCUCUUCUAAGUACAUUAAAAUGUUUGUGCUGGAUGAAGCGGAUGAGAUGCUGAGUCGUGGUUUCAAGGACCAGAUCUACGAGAUUUUCCAGAAACUCACAACUAGCAUACAGGUGGUGCUGCUGUCAGCCACCAUGCCUGCGGAGGUGCUGGAUGUCACUACCAAGUUUAUGCGAGAACCAGUGCGUAUCCUGGUGAAGAAAGAGGAGCUUACCCUUGAGGGUAUUCGUCAGUUCUACAUCAAUGUUGAAAAAGAGGAAUGGAAGCUGGACACUCUCUGUGAUCUCUACGAGACUCUGACCAUCACUCAGGCAGUGAUCUUCAUUAACACACGCCGGAAAGUAGACUGGCUCACAGAGAAGAUGCAUGCCAGGGACUUCACUGUCUCAGCUCUGCAUGGAGACAUGGACCAAAAGGACCGUGACCUGAUUAUGAGGGAGUUUCGCUCUGGUUCUAGCCGUGUCCUUAUUACCACAGAUCUGCUGGCCAGAGGUAUUGAUGUCCAGCAGGUGUCUUUGGUGAUCAACUAUGACUUGCCAACCAACCGUGAGAAUUACAUUCAUAGGAUUGGAAGAGGAGGCCGUUUUGGCAGGAAAGGUGUAGCCAUCAACAUGGUGACAGAAGAUGACAAGCGCACUCUGCGGGACAUCGAGACCUUCUACAACACUACCGUAGAAGAGAUGCCUAUGAAUGUGGCUGACUUGAUCUAGAGAUUUAUGUGACCUGAUCUAGAGACACCCCCUUCUCCCUAUCUCUACAAUCUCUCUCUUUAUUUUCUAGUUUAAGCACUUCUGAAUGGAGCAGGGAAUGUGCAACUCCCUGCGCUUCCACAGUUGCAAAUUAGUCAUUUUAUUUUCCCCAAAACCGGUCAAAUUUUAUAAAUCUCAAAUGCUGAAUGUACAUCACUUUAUCUCCAUCAACUUUCAGAAUAAGCAUUGAAAUAUGGGCUCAGCCAUCUCUUAUAGAGAAGAGUAGCAUGUCCUGUCACUCUGCUCUUGAUUAGUCAUCCUGGGCUUAUUUUUUUUAUUUAUUUUUUAUUUUAGCUGGGAAUCAUCCAAUUUUUUUGGAGGGGUAAUUGGACUACAGUUACUGGUUUCCAGCUUGUGUGCAUUGACCUGUUUCUUUGAGCACACCUCAUGCUGCUGAAGUAUUUUGGCCAUGUGGUAAAAGUGUGCUAGCUUUUAAUCCGACAUUUUUUUUUUUUUUUCAGAUCAAACUACUCAUUGCUGUACUGUUUGCUGUCAAACUGUACCAGAUCUAUUUAAUCACCCCCGUAUAGUAUAUGAUGUAAGAUGUCUGAGUAUUAAGGGCUUCCAGAAUUGAGAUAUUUGGAAGCCCUUACACAGAUGAAUUUUGACUGGUGGUACAAAAAUGUGAUGGAGAAAAAAAAUUAUAUUGCAACUUUUUUCUUUUUUGUUAUUACAUUUGAGUUGUUUGGCAAGUGUAUUUAGUUUUUUUGGAGGAGGGGGUAAAUUUAAAUAAAGCUACAGCCUAACUCUUUUCUUGUCGUUAAAUGGUUUACAAGUAUGGGUAUGCUGAUUGCCUUUUUUCUUUUUGCAGGUUCAAGUUGUUAAAAUGACAAAUAUUAGUUGCAUGAUAAUGGAAAUAUUCAGUUUUUCAUUUUUAGGGGGUGCUAAUGUAAUGAAUCUACAUUGGAAUCUGUGCAAAUUAAACGUUAUUAUGUGUU